UGCCAAUGGAAGAUUCUCACUGAGUUGUUUUUUUCUUUUAUAAAAGACUUCAUAUUUUUUAAUGGGAAUAAGUAAAAGAGCAAAAAAGGAAUUAGGUUUGGUCCCCUACGGCUCCGCUGAUGACUGAGCAACUACAUUAAACAACUGCUGCUUUUGAAAGUUAGCAAGCAGAUGCCGCAGAAAAGAGGCACCUUUGUAGACUUGGCUUUCUCCUCGUCGUCGUCUUCUUCGUCGAGUUUCUGAGUAAUUGAAGAAGGAAAUUGAAGUUCCUUUUAAAUAAGGGGGUGAUUUAUUUGGUAGUCAGUGCCUUUGUGGUAUGGAGCUCCGGUUUCAUUUUCAUAAAUUAUGCCAAAUUGAAACCCGAAGAUGGCUUCUUGUGGUGGGGGCAGUGGCUAUAACUCACUUGCUAUUUCAAUCUCUACUGCUUCCGUAUGGAAAUGCUCUCAGGUCUUUAUUGCCCAAUAGCAAUGAUAUAAUAAAUGAUAAAACCAGCUUCCCAAUCAUACAAUCUUCCACAAAGUCUCUGAUUGUUCGCAAUCCUCUCACUGUUGAUACUUCGAGUUUUACUAAAGGUCACAUCCUUGAUAGGGUGGUGGUCAAAGAUGCUAUCGCUUCCGGUGGCAGUGGAGACAUUAGUCAUGACAGUGAAUCACAGAGAAAGAGUGGAGACACAGACAGCGAUUUUACUUCUGAGGAUGAAGACCUGGACAAUCCUUUUGAGCUUGCAGUGGAUAAUGAUGGAGAUAAUGAUGAUUUUGUAGAAGAGGGUUUGAACAAUCCUAUUGGGCUUCUUGUGGAUAGAAAUGUGAAUGAGUUCCCAUCUGGGAACGGGAUGCACAGCAAUGGGACUUCUUCGCUGGAAAGCAUUGAAAGUAAAGGAAGUGAUUCUAUAAUGGAAUUUACCAGUGAAAGCAAGCAUGAAUUUCCUCUUGAUCAAAAUGGGAAACUAAAUGAUGAAAUUUCAAUAGAAAAUAAUCUGCCACUGAAAGAUUUGCAGCGCAUAAAAGUUGCUGUUAAAUCCUAUCCACUAGAACCAAAGGUGGUAACUUCAUCAAAAAACAUCAGUUAUUCGAGAUCAAAUGGAAAUUCCUCUAUUGGUUCUGCUAUCCUGAAAGAUGACUUUGCAACUUCAAAAAAUGAUUCUGCAAAGAUGGUUAAACCUGCAAGGAAAAAGAUGAGAUGUGAGAUGCCUCCAAAUUCAGUGACAUCAAUAGAUGAUAUGAACCUAAUAUUAGCCCGACACCGUCGGUCUUCACGUUCAAUGAGACCAAGAUGGUCCUCCCACCAUGAUCAGGAGAUUUUGGCUGCAAGGUCACAGAUUGAGAAUGCUCCCAUUCCGGUGAAUGAUCAUGAUCUUUAUGCUCCUCUCUUUCGAAAUGUUUCCAAGUUUAAGAGGAGUUAUGAACUCAUGGAACGCAUGCUCAAAGUCUAUAUAUAUAAGGAUGGAAAGAAGCCGAUCUUUCAUCUUCCAAUAUUGAAGGGAUUGUAUGCCUCAGAGGGGUGGUUUAUGAAACUGAUGCAGGGAAACAGGCAUUUUGUUGUGAAAGACCCUCGAAAGGCUCACCUCUUUUACAUGCCUUUCAGUUCCCGAAUGCUGGAGUACACCAUUUAUGUGCGUAACUCCCAUAAUAGGACAAAUCUACGCCAAUAUUUGAAGGAGUACACUGAGAAAAUUGCAGCUAAAUAUCCUUACUGGAACAGAACUGGUGGAGCUGAUCAUUUUCUUGUAGCUUGCCAUGAUUGGGCUCCAUAUGAGACGAGACACCAUAUGGAACAUUGCAUCAAAGCCCUCUGCAAUGCUGAUGUUACUUCAGGCUUCAAAAUAGGUAGGGAUGUGUCCCUUCCUGAAACAUAUGUCCGGUCAGCCAGAAAUCCUCUCAGGGAUCUUGGAGGAAAACCACCUUCUCAGAGACACAUUCUUGCCUUCUACGCUGGUAACAUGCACGGCUAUCUGCGACCAAUCUUGUUGAAGCACUGGAAAGACAAAGACCCUUCCAUGAAGAUUUUUGGUCCCAUGCCUCCUGGUGUUGCAAGCAAAAUGAAUUACAUCCAACACAUGAAGAACAGCAAGUAUUGUAUUUGCCCCAAGGGUUACGAGGUCAACAGCCCCCGAGUAGUCGAAGCCAUCUUUUAUGAGUGUGUACCUGUAAUUAUCUCGGAUAAUUUUGUGCCACCAUUUUUUGAAGUCUUCAAUUGGGGGGCAUUCUCCGUAAUCCUUGAAGAGAAAGACAUUCCCAAUCUGAAAGAAAUAUUACUUUCAGUACCGGAAAAGAAGUAUCUUGAGCUGCAACUUGGUGUGAAGAAGGUUCAGCGGCAUUUUCUUUGGCAUCCUAACCCGGUGAAGUACGAUCUCUUUUACAUGACCCUUCAUUCGAUUUGGUAUAAUAGAGUUUAUCAGAUAAAACCAAGAUAAGGUCAUCAAAUCAACAAGCAAUCAGGAAAUGGAGAGGAAAGGGGAAACUGAAAGUGAUGUCAUGAAAUGAGGAGUGAAACUGUUUGUGAAGAAACCAUCCCAUGUAAUAACAUGUAGAAAAGCUUGUAUCAUAUCAUCUUGGUGAUUGCAACUCUGUGUACAACCGCUGUCCUCUUGUAAAAAAAUUUGAAAUUUAGGCCACAUUGGCAUUGUACAAGCUCUUAGAUUUUUCGCCAAAGCAUGAACAGCUUUAAGAGCAAUUUCUAUAUUGUUUCAUAUGCCACAUGGUUCAUUGAGGAACUUUUCCAACUAGCUCGUAGAUGUAACAGUUCUUGAAUGAUUUAAUGUUUAUUUCAGCUUAUUUA